AGUGUCAGUGUUCACAGUGGAAACUUCUAGGUUAUUGCUGUCAAGUUAGAUAUCGCUACUUCCCUAAGGUUUGGCAAACAAACUGGCUGUAUUUGUUAGUAACAUAUGGCUAAUGCCUUUCACAUGGCGAGCAAACAACAGUUGAUCAUUAGCUAGUUUCCCGUCACAAACUCCCUCACCCAGGCUUGACCCCAGCCGCUAGGACCAAUCGCUCGGUAGUCCUUCCCGGUCCUCACCGAGCUCCGUAAGUGAAGAUGGCGCAGGCACUGUCGGAAGAGGAGUUCCAUCGAAUGCAGGCUCAGCUUCUGGAGCUAAGAACGCAGAAUUACCAACUCUCUGAUGACUUGCGGAAGAACACAGCUGAGCUCAAUAAUGUCAGACAGAAGAACGUUACCUUGGAAAAGGAUUACAUCAAAGCACAGAAGGCACUGAACAAGAGCAAGAAAGCUCAGGAAGUGGAUGCCUUGCUCAGCGAGAAUGAGAUGCUUCAGGGGAAGCUGCACAGCCAGGAGGACGACUUCAGACUGCAGAACAGCACCCUCAUGCAAGAGCUCUCCAAGCUGUGCUCUCAGAUCGAGCAGUUGGAGCAGGAGAACACGUCUCUGAGGGAUGGAAAGGGCCUGCAGGCCACGGCCCCGAGCCCCACCCCCUCCUCUGGGCCGGUUGACGGGGAGCUGCUCAGGCUGCAGGCCGAGAACUCGGCCCUGCUCAAGAAGAUGGCAGCCCUUCAAGAGCGCCAGGAGAGCCAGUUGAAGAGUCCGCGGGGAGCCGAGGUCAAUGACGGCAGCCCGGGGGUGAUGGAUGGGGGUGUCGACACUAAUGGGGUGCAGGGUUACGGGGUGCACCCUGACGCCAGUGGGAGUGUUGGCACGGAGGAUGGCGAGGCUGGCCACAGUGAGAGGCUAGUACAGACAGAGGUGAAGUGUGCCAACCUGGAACAGCGUGUGAAUGAGCUGAAUGAGGUGGAACUGAAGCUCCAAACUGAGAUGGAAGAGAAACUCCUGCUAAAAGGGCAGCUCCAGACUCUAGAGUCGUCCAAACAGGCAGAUAUGAGCAAACUUAAUGAGGAACUGGCAAAGCUCACGGAUAAACUGAAGAAAAAGCAGGAGAGCUUUCUGCGGCUCCAAAGUGAAAAAGAGGUUCUGUACAAUGACAGCAGGACGAAGAUCGAUGAGAUCCAGCAGAGGAAGGAGGAAGAGCUGAAGUCCAUGAACAUCCGCAUCCAGAAACUCCAGGCAGACCUCACAUCGGCUAAUCAGACUAUAGCUGAGCUGAAGGAGCAGUUCCAGAGUAAAGACAGAGAACAUGAGGUGGCUCUGCACACGCUGAAGGAUCAGGUUGCGUGUCAGAGCGCAGUCAGUCAGGAGCAGGUCGAGGGCAUGCUGACAGAGAACGAUGCCCUCAGGACUAACCUAGCCGCCCUAGAACAGAUCCAGACAGUGAAGACUCAGGAGAUGAACCUGCUGCGGGACCAGACUAUGGCUCUGAGCGCGGAGCUCCAGCAGAGACGGAGUGAGCAGGAGAGCUUCAUGGCCCAGAGGGACGACCUCAACUCCCAGAUCCAGGAGGCAAACCGGGCCAACAGUCGACUUUUGGAGCAGCUGAACGAACUGGGCCAGGAGAAGGAGCGCUUACAGCAGGACCUGGAGGAAGCCAAAAAGACGGCGGACAAGCGUAAGGUGAUGCUGGACGAGCUGGCGAUAGAGAUGGCCCAGGAGAAGUCUCGGCACAAGGAGGAGCUGAGCGACGUGCGGCUGCAUCACGAGAAGGAGGUGCUGAGCGUGCGCGCCCGCUACGAAAAGGAGCUCCGCGGCCUCCACGAGGAGAAGAACCGCACGGAGGAGGAGAUCCGGUCACAGCUCCGGGAGGAGAAGGCUCGCACCAAAGAGAUGGAGGGGCUGCAGCAGAGUGUGGAAGAACUCCAGGCUCAGGUCCUGUCCAUGGAAGGCACCAAGGGCUGGUUUGAGCGCAGGCUCAAGGAGGCUGAGGAGAGUAUAGAGAAGAACGUUCUAGAUCACCAGGAGGCGAUUGAGAGUCUGCAGAAGGAGCAUGCUGUUCAGAUGGAGGGUAAGGAAGGAGAGGUGGAGGCUGGGAAGCUACAGCUAGCUGAGGUGGAGAAACAGGGCGAGGCACAGGAAGCCUCCAUCGCGAAACUCAAACAGGAGAUUAAAGACACAGUGGAUGGACAGAGAAUCCUGGAGAAGAAGGGAAGCUCUGCGCUGAAGGACCUGAAGAGGCAGCUGCAGCUGGAGCGGAAGCGGGCGGAGAAGCUCCAGGAGAGGCUGCAGGAGAUCCUCACCAACACCAAGACCCGCACAGGCCUGGAGGAGCUGGUUCUGUCUGAGAUCAGUUCUCCGAGCCGCACACAGCAGACCGGGGACAGCAGCAGUGUCUCCUCAUUCAGCUAUCGGGAGAUGAUGAAGGAGGGAGGGGCCACCCAGAGUGCCAACAAGUCUAACACCGGUAGUCCUCAGUCUCAACGGCCGGCCGACCUGUCUGAUGAUGAAGUCAGUGAGCUGUUCCAGAGGCUGGCCGAGGUCCAACAGGAGAAGUGGCUGCUGGAGGAGAAGGUGAAACACUUGGAGGUCAGCUGCUCGUCCAUGGCAGAUGACAUCUGUAAGAAGAGCGCCAUCAUCGAGACCUACGUCAUGGACAGCAGGAGAGAUGUGUCAGGGGCAGCUAUGGUGGCCCACGGCCACGGGGGCCCGGUUGAGCGAGGGAGUCUCGGGUCGGUGCUGCGAGACCUGGUGAAGCCGGGCGACGAGAACCUGCGGGAGAUGAACAAGAAGCUGCAGCACAUGCUGGAGGAACAGCUGACCAAGAACAUGCACCUACAGAAGGACUUGGAGGUCCUGUCUCAGGAGAUUGUCCGCAUAGGCAAAGACUCAAACCCCAGGAAGGAGCCUGAGAUGACGGGCUAAGGUUGGCCACGCCUCUCGUCCUCAGAAGAAAAAUGACACACACACCUCUUCCACUCAUCCUCUCAUCAUUCUGUUUCUACGGCUACCAGGAGGAUUCUGCCCGUCCUUGUGUAUGACUCAAGACUGAUUCCUCCGGCCGGGAGAGAAACUGCAAAGUUGGAGUCGGGUGACUGACAGCGUGUUUGCUCUUUUAUAACUUAUUUACUACUGAAUGUAUUUACUGUAACACCUGUUUGUUGUUGUUAUUAUUUUUUCUUGGAUGUUUUAUCUCUGUAACCUGUAAAAAAAAAAAAACCGAGACAGGUAAAGUACUAGAAAAUGGGGGGAGGCCCCCAGUAAAAAGGCUAGCUAAGGCUGCUAAGAGAUCUGAAGACCGGGGUGCAGGGAGUUGCAGAGGCACUAGCUGCCCCAGGAGAGUGAGGGGGGUGUGGGGGAGAGAGGGACGAUUCAAUAUACCACUGACUGAGAUCCACAGGACAGAUUGGCUGACACUCUGAGCUGCAGCAGAUCAAGCUUUACUUUCCACUUGCCUGUAAGCCGAGAGGCUCUUGCUUGCCGUGUUGGCCUCCCUGUGCUUUCAUUUCAUACACAAAAGCUCUUCUAUCUUUUUCACUGUCGAAAGCUCUUGCUUGAUUUGUUAGUUGUUUUGAUUAUUUUAUGAGACUGAUUGCUGUACAUACAUACAUGAAUUGCUCCUAUUGAGGCAACUGUAAUUUAUUUGCUUCUGAGAUCGAAACUCUUUUGUCUACAGUAAUAUUAUGAACAUGCUAAAAUACAAAAACCAAAAUGGAUAGCUGUUUGACACACUUUAUGAUCCCUGAUCCUAAAACGAGUUCAGAAAGUCAUUUUAGUUCAUCUGGAGCUCAUUAAGGUGAACGGUUUAGAAAAAAAAGAAGGAAAAAAAAAAAAAGGAAAAGGAAAAAAAAAAAAGAAGUCCUAUUUGCGGUGAUGAAGCUUUUAUAGCAUGGUGCUCAUCGUGGCAUCUCCAUGGCAGGGCAAAGAAACGUGAACCCCCACCCCCCCCCCACCCCCCCUUAUUAUGUCAUCAUUUCUGGUCGCCCUGCCCGUCACUUCUGUUCUCCCCUCCAACCUACUUGAACGAUGCAGCCGACCAUAACUCAAUGUUCCCUGCUUAGCACCAGCACACUACGACAGCAACUUCACUAGAACCAGUGCGGAUCUCCUCCUGAGGUUGGAACCGAGUCAAAUGAGGUCGGAACGCGGGAAGCACUAGACCUUGUUGAGGCAGCUUUAGCUUGCGGCGCUUAACCCUACCGGGAUGAACAGACGAGGGCAGUUGCCGUUUGUAGGGUGUGUAAUUCCCACUUUAUUUGCAGUCACCCCCAGGAUAUUACGGGUCAGGUAAUUAACUGCUUGAGGCUGUCGCUCCACAACCCGCCCAACUCUGCGCAUGUUCGAGACGCGCUUGUUCGAGAUCAUUCCACUGUUAUGCGUAUGGAUGUGUGUGUGUUUCAUUUGUUUUGUAUACGUUUUAUCGAGCAUCGAGUGUGAAACAAGUUAUUCAGUGUAACCCGAGUGCGAGUCUCAGAUUUGACUGUUUGACAGCUGGCCUGUGAUGUUGCGAAGACUCGGCUGAGCUCCAAGUGCUUCCGAUGGAGGCUGACACAAGAUGGGGAACUCUUGGAGUGUGUAACGCCUUGCUUCAAAUGUAGUGCAGUCAAUCCGUACUCUGUGUGUUUGUGUGUGUGUGUAUGUGUGUGUGUGCAUGUUUGUUUGUGUGUCUGUGAGUAUGUGGCUUGUAAACUUGGGCUGUCUAAUCUUGUACUAUUCUAAUCACUUGAUCGUCCUUGUUCCCUCAUAUUGUUUUUCUUUUUUUGCAUAUGUAUACAUGAACUUGAAUGCAGUGAACACACUAUCUGUGCAAAGCCCAUUUUUUUUAUUUAAAAGGUAUGCCUUUAGACGGUGUUCCAUGGAAAUGUUGUAAUGAAAAGUUUUUAGUUAGGGGCAGCCGCUUUUCCUAAGAUGCAUCUGGAAAGGUCCGUGUCGGACCCAACAAGUGUCCGGUUGUGCUGCUGUUAUUCAAGCCUUCAAUGAAGUUGCAUUUGGAAUGUAUUUAUUUGUCCUUGCAUAUUUCUUUUACCUUAAUUCAACUGGAACCUGGCUAUCAAUCUCAAUAUUUAACUUGAUUAUUAUUCUCAGCUGUAAAUCAUUUUAAGUGAUCAUACUAACUUUCUGCGAUCAUGUUUUAUUAAUAAUUUAGUUUUGUCCUGUAUAUGAGAAAUAUCUAACAAUCAUUUGCAUGUUCCUUGAUCAACACCUUUGAGAAAUAUGACUUCAUCAUUCGUUAAGAUAGGCCCUACAGAGACAUAUGACUUCAAAUGCAAUUGAACUAACCUUCACUUGCCUGGCCUGUAAUUUUAAGCAUUUGAUCAGCCUUCAUGUUAGUAUUUAGGUAUUACUUUCCCAGGAAAAAAAAUUAAAGAAAUCUGUCAAAUACUUAAGUGCUGUUGUUGCCUUCCGUUGUUUUUUUCUAUUGCAGUUUUAUCAUCUGAACUGCCAGAUCAGUUCUAUAAGUACAGUUGUAACAGGCCCAUGGCAGUCAUGUCUGUGAUGAAACUCAGCACUCUGCAGUAACUUCCCUCCAACCCCCCCUACCCCCUUUACAUAUUUACAUUUGUGCAUUUGUCAGCUGACUACUCAGCAAAAUGAUGACUUGCAAUGUCAAUAAAAAAAAUGGCAGAACAUAA